AGUAAUGCUGUACAAAAUAAUGGAACUGAUAUCGAAGAACGAUACGUUCAAUCUGUUCACAGAGUAUCCAUCAGCAAAUAAUCUUACGACCAUAACAAAGAGACUGAGCCACUACUCGAACAUAAAUUCGUUGGAGAGCGACAUACUCGCCAUCUUCAAGAACGUGAUCAACACGCACAGCCACAAUUCGAUAUACGUGGCUGAGAGUGACAGGCUGAUCAACUUUACGAGAAGGCUGUUUGAGCAGGCCAAAGACAUAAAGAAAGAGGAAUUCAAGGUUGACUAUACCGAUGAUGUUAUUCGGCUGUAUGGAGAGAGCUUGGAACACUUUGUUGAUGGAGUUGAGCUUGUGAAUGAACACGUUAAUUUUGUACUGAGGUGAAUGCGGGCAGCAAAGUAAAACACGUCUUCGUUACAGAUCGAGAACUGUUUGUGAGUGGUACACUCGUUACCACGGCACGGAGUGCCAUGGAAGGAGAGUGCCCUUCCUCUCAUGUUCCGUACUCAUCGCACUUUACGCACUCCUACAAAUGCGCCACCAUUAAAAGCUCUUCC